CGUCGGUUUACUGCGUUUGCGGGUUAUCCACCAUUAACGUUGCCAGUGCCGUGCCGUUGUAACCAGCGAGGUGACCAACCGUGCCGCCCCCGUCGUCUCGUCCCGUCUCACGUCCCCCGGUCCCGUUCCGUUGUCACAUCUCGUGUCGUCUUGUCCGUCGCCCAUCGGAAGACCAUCCCACCUAGCUCCGUGGCGGUGUGGCUGGCGUGUGUGCGGAGACACAUCCAAUAGAGCGCCGUGCAUCCAUUUCGUUACUACCACCACCACCACCACCAGCAGCAACAGCAGCAGCAGCGUGAGCUUCAGUGUUUUGUGGCCAUCGUUGUGUCGCUACAAUCAUCACACCAUCCCGUAUUCCCGCGCUCCUCGAUCAGUGCUCGUACACGCUGAAGAAGCAACGCUAGCCAAAUCCAACGCCCAAGCAAGAGUCACCUGUUCCAUACGGCUGUGCGUCUGGCAAACCACCUGUUUGUUCCAACUUCCGAACACAGAGAAACGUUACGCAGUAGUUCCGAAAGAUGAUUACAGCUGUCGCGUUUACGAUUGCACGAUUACAGUUCGUGUAGACACGUGUGUGUGUGUGCCUGUGUGUGUAUGUGUGUGCAUUACAUAUGAUAACAAGUGGUGGUCGGUUUUAGGCCGAAGAUCGACAUUGGUAGUGUGCGUCCGCAGGAAGGAUUGUCCGAACUGUUGGGUUUGUGACUAGCGCUGGAGAGAGAGGUUCGUAACACUGUCGCUGGUGGCGCUAGCGACACAAGCACCUGCAACACGGAAGACCUAGCGGAGGUUCGGGGCGGAGUAUGGACAGUAGUAUGGUCGAGGAGAACGGUUCCUCGGCGAUAGGCGAUCCGAUAGGAGGUGGUGGUCGGGCAGGUGGUGCAAACGUCGCUACUGGUUCAGCGGUUGCUGAGGUGUCCGGUGGUGGGCGGGAUCCUUCGGGGGCGCAACUCAACGACAAUAGCAGUACCUCCAGCAACAGUGCCAGCAGCAACAGCACGGCGGCUACGGGAGGAAGCGCUGUCAGCGGCGCUGGUGGCGGUGGGAGCGGUGGGGGGGUAGUCAUUUCCGCCGGUGGAGCCACGGGAAACGUGAACAGCCCGGUAACGGUUGACGGUGCCGUUGGUCCGGAAGCGGCUCUCGUAUCGCUGGCGGCGGCAGCAAACGUUGCGGCGGCGGCCACAAACAUUGUACAAAUACUACCAACAUCGCAAACGGCAGGCCAGCAAGUACAAUCCGUCAUACAGGCGAAUCAACAGUCGGUAAUACAGACCGCCACCGCCAACGUACCAAUCCCCAGAGGCGUCCUUCUAGUGUGUAACAAACCCAACUCCGUAAUUCACACAACAACGGGCAAUUUGCAGGCGAUACACAUCAAACCCGAACCGCAUAUUGGCACUGGUCCGGUUACUAUCAUGACCGACACAAACAGCGACGACACGUUGUCAGAUGAGGAAGCGUCCCCUAAGAAGCGGAGAGACUUGCUGACCAGGCGACCAUCGUACCGUAAGAUAUUGAACGAUCUCGGUGGAGCGGAAAUCGCGAACACCCCGACCGAUGGUUCUGGACUGCACGCGAUAGCAGCCCCUGGCGGUGGAAUAGUACAAUAUUCUCAGCCCCAGGAGAGCAUUUACGUACCUCUCAUGGGCGGCAACGCGCAGAUGGAGGAUCAGUCGCGCAAGCGUGAGAUGCGGUUGCAGAAAAAUCGGGAAGCAGCCCGCGAGUGCCGGCGAAAAAAAAAGGAAUACAUCAAGUGCCUAGAGAACCGAGUGGCGGUGCUGGAGAACCAGAACAAGGCCCUCAUCGAAGAGCUGAAGUCGCUGAAAGAGCUGUACUGCCAGCAGAAAAGCGACUGAGUCGUGCAGAACCCCGAUAGCAGCUGCGUAACAGACCGACGAACGUGAGGAGUGCUGGAAUAGUGGCCGUGUAGCAGACCUCUAGCGCCACAGGAACACUACCAUCAACUGUUUUCUCCGCUUGUGCGCCAAAGGAAGCUGCGGCGACGAGCUGCUCCAGAGAUAAGAAAGGUUUUACCGUCCUGCUCGACCAAAACUCAACGGAAUGCGAAUCGAUCACGCGUGGGGUUUUCUCGUAGACGUUAAACAAUACGACCGGGCGACCGACAGGCACUGCUGGCGCCACUGAGACGACUUGAUCAUAGAGUGAGCUUAUGCAUUGCUUAUCCCCUAUGCGUGCAGGUCAACCGGCAUCAGUUUGAGGAACAGGAAGGAAAUCGAAGAAAUAUGUGUUUUAGCAAGGCUGAGGGAGCUCGCUGUGUGAUUGUCCAGGUUUUUGAGGCGCUUUUAGCGUUUUUUAGUAUCAAGUGGUGUAUAACAAACAGAAUUAUUAUAAGACCACAAUGGAGUGGAAUGGUAAAACGAAAAAGGUGCAAUUAAUUUCCUUACAUACACACACACACACACAAACGCACACACACAAACACACACACACACACACAUACUUCCGGGUGGCCAAUCGAUUUAACUGUUGUGUAGGUGUGCACCUCUCGAUCGACGCGGAUAGGAUUUCACAGGGCGACUGGAAGAUGUUGUUGUUUUUAUGAUUUGAGAGAUUUUGAGCAUGAAGGCUCUUUCAUCUCUAAGUCGGGACAAUGUUUGAGCUUGUUGGAAGUGAUCAUUCAAUAUAUAUUUGAGAUAUGUUUAAGAGAGUACGAUCACCAAACAUCUAGUCUACGUCCUUGCGCAUCUCCAAUAAAAUGCAUUGCCAUAACCGACCGAAAUGAA